GGAAAACCCCGCCCCCAGCAGUGGUGCUAAGGUGGAGGACUUCUGCUACCCUGUAGAGUGUCUGGCUCUAACAGUAGAAGAGGAGGACUUCUGCUACCCUGUAGAGUGUCUGGCUCUAACAGUAGAAGAGGUGAUGCACAUCAGACAGGUUCUGGUCAAAGCUGAGCUGGAGAAGUUCCAACAGUACAAAGACGUCUACAAUGAACUGAGGAAAGGAAAGUUGUGUUUCUCCUGUCGGACUAAAAGGUUCUCCUUCUUCAACCGGUCCUACACCUGCCAAUUCUGCAAAAGGCCUGUGUGCUCUCAGUGCUGUAAAAAGGAGAGACUUCCUCUGACUCUGUCCCGUUGUUUCCAGGAGAGACUUCCUCUGACUCUGUCCCGUUGUUUCCAGGAGAGACUUCCUCUGACUCUGUCCCGUUGUUUCCAGGAGAGACUUCCUCUGACUCUGUCCCGUUGUUUCCAGGAGAGACUUCCUCUGACUCUGUCCCGUUGUUUCCAGGAGAGACUUCCUCUGACUCUGUCCCGUUGUUUCCAGGAGAGACUUCCUCUGACUCUGUCCCGUUGUUUCCAGAAGAGACUUCCAUCUAAGCCGUAUGCCAACCUGUCCAUCUCCUCUCUGGGAUCUACUACCACCAUCCUACCCAGGGAGGAGGCUGGAGGGACAUCAGCCUUGGACACCCCAGAGAAGCCCUCGUCCAGCCAGCGCCUGCGCCGGACUGUCUCCAGGUUAUCCAAACGCAAAAUUGAGCGUUCUAGUGACGAGCUGGAUCUUCCCAAGGAGCUGACAGAGGAUUGGUGUACCAUGGAGGUCUGCAUCGACUGUAAGAUGUUCAUCUCUGAGAUCAUCUCCAGCAGCAAGCGCUCUCUGGCCACCAAGCGAGCCCAUCUGAAGAGGAAAACCCAGUCCUUCUACAUAUCUUCAGCUAACACAGACUACUGCAGACCCUCUGAGAGGAACGUCAACGAGGUUUAACUUUAGGGUCAGACCUCUCUCUGGCCACUCCUUGGGGGCGUCUCAAAUCCAAAUUGUAUUUGUCACGUGCUUCUAAAACAGCAGUGAAAUGCUUCUAUUUCAUGAAAAACUUCUCCAUAUAGGGCAGCACUUUGACCAGAGCUCAAAGGAACCAGGCUGUUUGUUGGCCAUCUAGCUGUGUGAUGUAUUUAUCAUGACUCUGCUCACCCUGGCUGACACUCUAUGGACUCUGGUCUAAAGUAGUGCACUGAAUAGGGAAUAGGAUAGGUACCCUUUUGAGACAGUCAUACUCUCUCAGCUCUUGGCUGCUCAUCACUGUGUUAUAAUGAUAUAAGUGACCGUUGUAGAAGAUGUUCAGUGUGUUAGUAUAUACUACCUACCUGAAUGGAUGAUUCUAGACAUUUGUUGAAUAGACAGCAUGGGUGGGUUCUCUUCCCCUAACCCCUAGUGUCAGGAACGAUUGGGUUAGUGUACAGCUGUGGGCGGACGACUAGCUAGCCGUUGACAGAAACCAAUUCACAGUAUAGUAGUCCAUUAAUAAAGUGUCUACCACAGUAUAGAUGCGCUAUUAGAAUAUUUAACCAUUUCCUAUUCUCUCACGUUCUGUGAUUAACCCAUAUAUACUGAACAAACGCAACAUGCAACACUUUCAAAGAGUUUACUGAGUUGCAGUUCAGGAAAUCAGUCAAUUGAAAUAAAUUCAUUAGGCCCUCAUCAAUGGAUUUUACAUGACUGGGCAGG